UCUGGCAAUCAUUGACAAGUUUGGACAACUUUGUGUCGACAACAAUGACAGCUUUUCUGUUGCUCCUGCUGCUGGCCGGUCAUACCUUUGCCCUCCCUCUGCAAACAGGAGACUUUUCUUCCAGCAGCUCCACAGAAAUAGACGAUUACCUUUUAGCCGAGAAAUACCUUCGACAGCUCUAUGGUCUCUCACCUGGCCUCCAAGGUCGAAGGGCAGCAUCUGGAGCCUUUCAGACAAAGAUCAGGGAAAUGCAAACAUUCUUCAAACUCAAGGUGACAGGGAAUCUAGAUGAAAAAACCUUAGACCUAAUGAAGCAGCCCAGAUGUGGUGUCCCAGAUAUUGGGGAGUACAAUCACUUUCCUCAACGCCUGAAAUGGAAGCACAAUGAUCUCACAUUCAGGAUAACAAAUUAUACUCCAGAUCUAAAGAGUUCUGAUGUAGACAGAAUAAUCCGUCAAGCUCUGAACGUCUGGUCUGCUGUCACUCCCUUGACUUUCCGGAAACUGCAUGAUGGCACAGCUGAUAUCAUGAUCAGCUUUGGGUCAAGAGAACAUGGAGACUUUAACCCGUUUGAUGGGCCAGAUGGCCUAUUGGCACAUGCCUACCCACCUGGCGCUGGGAUUGGUGGAGACGUUCAUUUUGAUGAAGAUGAAAACUGGACCAAAGAUUCAUCAGCUUAUAACCUGUUCAUAGUAGCAGCCCAUGAACUGGGCCAUGCACUUGGGAUGUCCCAUUCAUCCGACCCAGGGGCCUUGAUGUAUGCAGCAUAUUCUUACAGUGAAGGGUUUCCCUUGGCUGAAGAUGACAUUGACGGCAUUCAAGAUCUGUAUGGUCCCAACCCCAACGGCAAGAAGGUGAAGCCAAAGCCUGAUGCACCAAAACGAUGUGAUCCAGAGCUGAGCUUAGAUGCAGUCACAGAUCUUAGAGGAGAAACUUAUAUCUUUAAAGACAGAUUCUACUGGCGCCUUCAUCCUCAGUUUUCAGAACCUCAGCAGAGCCUGAUCAAGUCCACUUGGCCUUUUCUACCCAACAAGGUGGACGCAGCGUACGAAAACACAGAGAAGGAUUUAGUGAUCAUGUUUAGAGGGAUCCGAAUGUGGGCUUUGAAUGGAUACAACCUUGUGAAUGGAUACCCAAAGUACAUACACAAACUGGGUCUUCCCAAAAGAAUAAGGAAGAUUGAUGCAGCUGUGUACAUCAGAGACACCGGGAAGACUCUGCUCUUCAGUGAUGAAGAGUAUUGGAGUUAUAACGAAGCAGAAAGUACCAUGGACACCGGCUACCCAAGAUCCAUAGAGAGAGACUUUCCAGGCAUCGGUGAUGAGGUCGAUGCUGCUGCUUACCGCUCUGGGUACCUGUAUUUGUUUCAUGAACACCUGCAAUAUGAGUACAGCUACAUCUCAAGGAAGGUCGUUCGAGUCAUGAGAGCCAACUCCAUCCUUGAAUGCUCAUAGGAAUGCCGCCAUCAAUUACAAAUAUAUAGCGGGCUAUAUGCUAACACACUGUGAGGAAUGAGACAUCGCAGUGAAACGAAAUGCAAUUCAGUGCAGAGAAGAAGAAAGUCGUCCAAAAGAAAAGAAGAAGAAAAUGUCAAUUAUUGCUGGUGCUGCUGGAUAAACAGUACAAAAAUAUGAUAAAUAGAUUUUAUUAUUAUUAUUUAUUAUUUAACACUCAUGUGUUCUGAUUUUUUUUGUCUAUUUCAUUUGUCUUUUUAAUUGUCAAAAAAGGAUGAACGACAUUCUAAGAACAAUGCUGCCUUCUUGUGGUCUCACCACACACAAACGGAUAAUUUUGGAAAAUUUGAUAUCAACUAGAAAAUAUUGUUGUAAGGAAAUUUGAAAUGAAAAACACCCCAUGUACCCAGAAUUAUUGGAGCAUAUUUUAUUUCAUGAUGAUUUUGGUUUCAGCACUGGAGCGCUGUAUUAAACAGCUACUUGGAUUGUCUGAAACCACAUGGAAAUGGUUGAUUAAAUUGGGUUUCUCCACAA